CUCGGGCCCCCGCCGUUAUUUACAUAUUGAAAAUGGGCAUAACGUCAAUGAUUUAAAAAAUUCAGUCGAUCCGAGAGAUACAAACCUACAACAAUCAAUUUUCUGAGCAGAAGUACGAACUGAGAAACUAUAUAAUAAGAGCCGCAGCCUAUACUGCAACGAAGCUUCGAGGAGGAGGACCUCUGCGCAGUUCUUGGACAGUGGUUAUUCCGAUCGAAUGCAGCGGCGUGUACAGCAGUGUUGUGUUCACGAUGGACACGCUUAGUAGUAUCGCGUUUUACAGUAUUCUGUUAUUGAGUUACAACGAAGUGCACGGUAUCGACACAGACUCGAUAAAUCAAAAUGUGUUGAACAAGAGCCAAAAUGCAAAUGAAACAUCAUUGUCAACUGCCGAACGUUUUCGACGCCUAAUACCUUACGUGACGUACUACGUAGUCGGUAAUAACGACCAAAACGACGUGCCAUAUCAAUAUCAAUAUCAAAAUCCUAAUCCAAAUUCAAACACGCCCAGACCUUUGCAAAAAAAUAACUUUUAUUUUCAAAAUGAAAGAAAACCGCAACAAGUACAACAGCCCGCCACCCAGUACCAAGAACAUAAUUAUCAGAUAUCAAAUCAACAAUUCCGUCAACAACAACAACAUGCUACGUCGGCAGGAUAUCUGCGAUUUCCAAGCUCUCCAAAAACUAAAAGGCCUAUUGCAGUAAUAACAACGACGACUGAAAUGCCAUACAUCAUCCACCAGACAGAAACCCCAUAUAAUUAUUAUUACGAUUAUAGUCAAACGAGCCCUAAACCAAUUGCUAUUAAACACAGCAAUCAUCCUGCAUUUUUACCGACAAUACCAUCAACUCUAAAUUCGUUUUCAGAACAAGAACAUCUGCAAUUUUCGACCAAAGUGAAAAAACAAAGAAGACCCAAGCCGAAAAGACCAACAACUCCUGUAACUACAACCACGACAACAGAUAAAUACGGUGCACUUAACGAAUUGUUGAACGGUUAUGAUUUGGGAAAUCGUCUUUCAAACAAAAUCACAGCCGAAAACAUAGGUUCAAGUAUACAGACACUGUCGGCUGUGUUACAAUUAUUGCAAAAUGAGGCGGACGAACAACAGGCGCGACCAUUGCGACCGAAGAAACCUAAGCCAGAAUAUCGUCCAGAUCCAAUCGACGAAUAUGAUACUGGUGACGUAGGAAAUCCAGGAAGGCCAGGCGUGGAUUAUCCGACGCUCUCAGUUAUACCAAAGACUAGCUUCGAUUGCAAAACCCAAAGAUACAAGGGGUUCUUCGGAGAUCCAGAAACACUGUGCCAAGUGUGGCAUUACUGUGACUUAAACGGUGGCCAAGCAUCAUUUUUGUGCCCAAAUGGAACUAUAUUCAAUCAAGUUUCACUGACAUGUGAUUGGUGGUUUAAUGUAAAAUGUGAUACAACUGCUCAACUCUACGUACUUAAUGAACGCUUAUACAAAUAUAUUAUACCAUCUAAACCUAGUUUUCCAGAAGAUUAUGAAGGACCAUUGGUAGAUAGAUAUUUAGAAGAUAAAUUUAAGGAAACCGAAAAAAAAAGAGGCCAACAAAAAGUACCAAUGCCACCAGUAAUAAAUGUCACUACUGUUGAACCUGAAUCAGUUAGAACACCAUAUCAACAAUUACUUGACGUAGAUGUAUAAAUGUUAAUAGUAACCAAUUUGGUCAACACACAUGAUUUAUGAGGAAAAUUGAUAACAAAUAAUAGAAAUAAAAUGAAUAAUAGGUAGGUGUAAAUAGAAAAACAAAUUUUUUAAAGAAAAAACUUAAAUUGACCUAGUUUUUAAAACAAGUGGGCCUAAAAAAAUGUGCCAUUUUUAAUAUGAAGCCAACACUAUAUUUUAAGGAAUAUUUUAUUUAUUAAUAAAUAGUAUGAUACUAUGUUUUAAAGAGCUCAAAUUAAAAUAGUAUUGAUAAUUAAAAAUAAUUAGGUUAUAUCAUUUUUCUUUUAUAAAAAAUAAAAACCAAUUUAAAACAAAAAUAUUAAUUA